AAACCCUUGGUGUCGAUAACAUUGAAGCUACCUGAUGCUUGUGAUAUCUUCCAGAACGGAUAUCAAAAUGCGUACAACGAUGCGAGCUGCAUAUUUUCGUUAUUUACCAACUUGAAGAUCUUCACCGUAUACGCAAUGUCUACGCAACAUCUACGCAAUGCUGUUUGGAGAUAUGCCAGCACAAGUGAAUUUCCAAGGUUCUCGAGAAAAGAUGUUGAUAGCCAUGUAGAUGCAGAGCUUAAUUCGUGUCAGCGCAAGGGGUAA